AUGUCUACUCCCUGUCCUCCUCUAGAGCUUGUCUUCACCUUGCAAGUCGACCUAGCCCCUCCCCUGGAUUAUGGAUCUACGGCCACUGGCGACAAGCGCUUUAUUCCCAUCACCGGCGGAAAAGUGGCUGGACCCAAAUUUGAAGGAAAGAUUCUGCCCAACACUGGCGGAGACUGGAACACAGUACGCUCAGAUGGAGUUGUACACCUUUACGCACGUUAUACCAUUCAAGCCGAAGAUGGCACGCUCAUCGGCAUUUUGAAUGAAGGAUAUGGAAGAGCCAGUCAAGAGAUUAUGAAGGUUGUGUUCGAGGAUACGGAUCCGGCCAAGGCGUCUAUGGCUAAUGGUGGCGCUGAUUGGUAUACGCGUACUUCCCCACGGUUCGAGGUGGAUGUCGGAAACGAAAAGCACGGUUGGCUGGCCAAGUCUGUCUUUCUUGGUAAUUUGAAGCCACCACAACGCCCGGGAUACGUGGAGAUUGAUGUAUAUGAGGUUUUGUAA